GGUCGAACAAACAGGAAACGGGCAACAACGUCUUUAUUUAUUUCCUCUCCAUAUGAAGUUUUACAUUACGGGUCAUUUAUCGUCGGACAGCAGGUUAAACUGACAGGGGUCCGUUAGGUUUACCUCCGCGCUGCCUCCUGUGUGUGUCUGUUGUCGGCGGGGAUCCGUCUCGUCGUAGUUAUUCUUGCUAACGUUCAAACAGCCCCCGAGUGUAACUGCAGUGUUCAGUAUGACGUUAGCACGUUUUAUCCAGCAGUGAGCCGUCGGGAGAGAAGAUGUCGGGCAGCAGCAGCGGCGGGUUCAGGUGGACGGUGGUGGUCCUGACCUGCCAGCACAAAGACAGCGUCUACUCCUUCCAGAGAGAGCUGGAGUUGCGGCAGCAGCGUGGCUCUCUGUGGGAGGGUGCGUUGGUUUUGACAGUGCGGGACCGCCAGGAGCCGCUGGGCAGUGGGGGGGCGACGCUGAACGCUCUACUGGUCGCUGCUGAACACCUGAGCAACAGAGCCGGACACACUGUGGUGACAGCCGACGUCCUGGAUGAUGCUCACAUCCUCAUCCUCCACACAGGGCGGGACUUUCCCUGGAGCUCCUGCAGCAGAGCGUUCUGCUGGCUGCCUCCAGAGAGACCGGACCAGAGAGUCCAGGCUCCGGUCUGCUGUCUGGACCUGCUGCUGGACUGCCUCAGUACCCAGGUCUGUCCCGGUUCUCCUCCUGGUGUCUGGGUCUGCAGCACCGACAUGAUCCUCACCAUCCCUCCAGACUUUGCUCUUUCCUGGAAGGGUUUCUCUGGUGUUCGUGUUCUGGCGUUACCAGGUGAUGUCUCCUAUGCAGCCAGUCACGGAGUCUACCUGUUGGACCAACAGGGUCAGGUCAGAGACAUCAUCUACAAAGGGACAAAGGAGCAGAUUCAACAAGCUGUGAUGCCUGAUGGGAACGUGCCUCUGGUGUCAGGUCCGGUCUUCUUCAGCAGGUCUGUAUCAGAGAAGUUGUUGCAGACUCACGUCUCUCCUCCUCUGGACGGCUGCACCUACCUGGGCCUGGACUCUGGAGCUCCGCCCCUGCAGAUCUCGCUCUUCCUGGACGUGUUGAAGUGUCUCUGCUCAGAUCUGACUCAGGAUCAGUUUGUGAGUGAGGAGAGAGUCGGCUGCAGUUCAGCUGUUGGACCACAGGGGGCCACAGUGAGGGGGGGCAGGACGGAGCUGUGGAGGAUCCUCAGAGGGACUCCACUCAGAGUGGAGUACGUCCCCGGCGGUCACUAUGACUACCUGACUCUUUCUGGGAAGCAGCAUGUGGACCGACUCACCUGUGUCCGGACGGACAGAAACACUCUCUCUCACAUCCAGAGAGAGAGUGAGGUGAGUAAAGGAGCUCUGGUGAUCAACAGUGUCAUGGAGGGAGAUGUUGCCGUGGCGACCGGAGCAGUAGUGCAGCACUGCCACCUACAGGGGCCUCUGGUCGUCCCCUCAGGUUGUUUACUGUCGGGUCUCGAGUCGCCAACAUCACAGAGCAUCCGGCAGCUGAAACUGGCCGAUGACAUCAUCAUCCAGGGACAUCGCAUCGAGCUGGGGGAGUUGAAGCUGAACGUCUACACAGUGAUGGGAGCGCAGGACGACCUGGAGGUCUCCUCUGAUGACAGUAAUGCCUCCUUCCUCAACCAGAGAUGGAGUCUCUUCUACAGCAGGACAGGAAUACAGCCGGAGGAGUUGUGGGUCAGAGGAGAACGGCACUCCCUCCUGGAGGCUCGUCUCUUCCCGGUGCUCCACCCCAGAGGAGGUGCUGUGGGUCUGGACGGAGGCGUCGGCUGGCUGCUGGGGGGAGGCGGCUGCCCGCGGAGGUGGAGGGAGGCGUGGAGGCUGUCGUUGAAGGAGGUGCUGUCACUCACCCAGCAGAAUGCAGAGCUGCAGUGGAGGGAGGAGUUACUGUUCCUGGUGGGGAGGAGGAGAGUGUUUGAUGCCCUGAUGAGUCAGACAGACGUCUGCCUGCUGCCUUGCUUCAGGGCAGCGGUGCUGGGAGGCCAGCAGGGGGCGCUGCUGGAGACACUGGACAACAUUGCAGCAGGGAGCAGGGAGCAGGGGGCGGAGCCAGGUGCAGAGCUGGACGUGGCUGCGCGCUGUCUCUCGUGUAUCUCUGAUGUGCUGGUGUGUAUGGCGGGGGGGAGGGGAGGUCUGAGGAGUGGACCUGCGGCUAACGAAGCCUGGAGCUCCGCCUACCUCCUGUUGGAGGAGGGUAACUUGAGGGGCGGAGUCCAGGCCCUGUCAAUGCAGAGAGUUGAUUGGCUCAGCAGGCCAGACCUGCUGGUGCGGGCGGCGAGGCACUACGAGGGCGCCGGACAGGUGCUGCUGCGACAGGCUGUGAUGUCAUCACAGAGGUUCAUCUCCAUUGGUCAGGGUGAAGUUCCGCCCCUCGAGGAGUGGCAGGAAGUGGAGUGUCCGGCCAGACUGGACCUGGCAGGCGGGUGGAGUGACACACCUCCCAUCGCCUUUGAGCACGGCGGCUCUGUGACCAACGCCGCCGUGAGGGUCGAUGGGAAGCGUCCCAUCGGUGCCAGAGCCCGUCGCAUCGCAGAGCCCCGCCUCCUGCUGGUCAGCUACGCCGGAGGGCGGGAGAGUGGGGUUUCCAUGGAGACAGUGUGCAACAGCCUGGAUGACCUGAGGGACUACUGUCAGCCGCACGCACCUGGAGCUCUGCUGAAGGCGGUGUGUGUGUGCAGCGGCCUGGUUUCCCUCUCCUCCCAGCAUUCUCUGGGGCAUCAGCUGAUGCAGAGGUGGGGGGGAGGGGUGGAGCUCCACAGCUGGUCAGUGCUGCCCACCGGAUCUGGACUGGGGACCAGCAGUAUCCUGGCGGGGGCGCUGUUGGCUGCAGUCUACAGAUGUACCGGACGAACCUACAACACAGACUCCCUCAUCCACGCCAUCCUGUACCUGGAGCAGAUUCUCACCACAGGUGGAGGCUGGCAGGACCAGGUGGGAGGUCUGGUGGGCGGAGUUAAGGUGGGUCGUUCCAGAGCGUCUCUGCCCCUGCAGGUAGAAGUGGAACGUCUCAGCCCUCCAGAGGACUUCCUGGUGUCUCUGGAGCAGCACCUCCUGCUGGUCUACACCGGAAAAACCCGUCUGGCUCGAAACCUGCUGCAGGAUGUGGUUCGGAGCUGGUACAGCCGUCUGCCCUCGAUGGUCCAGAACGCCCAGCAGCUGGUGGCGAACUCAGAGGAAUGUUCCAGAGCGUGUUCAGAGGGCUCUCUGUCCAGACUGGGUCGGUGUCUGGACCGCUCGUGGCAGCAGAAGAAGCUGAUGGCUCCCGGCUGUGAACCGGCCUCCGUCAGAACCAUGAUGGAGGCUCUGAGGCCGCUGGUCCUGGGUCAGAGCCUGGCCGGGGCCGGAGGGGGGGGCUUCCUCUACCUGCUGACCCGGGAGCCUCGGCAGCGGCAGGCGGUGCUGCAGGUCCUCAACAACACGCCGGGUCUGGGAGACUUCAGUGUUCACUCAGUGGAGCUGGACAUGGACGGCAUCACAGUCCUACCCCCACCCUGAGGACACCGACUGUCCCGUAGUCUUUUACUAACCCAGGACUCGUAUGGCGACUCGAGACGACACAACAUCCUGUUCGUCCCGACAUUCAUCUGUAAAGACACAGAUGUGAUCUCAGCAGCUCAGUCAGUGCGACCUUCAGCUUCUUGGUCUCCUCUCUAACCAAGACCCUCCUCACAGACCUGAUGUAGACGGGUGUGAGUCCAGUGAGUUUACCACAGGUGGACUCAUCUCAGAGAUGAUCCAGACAAACCUAAAGUGUCCGAAUACUUCUGUCAAUGUGAUUUUUCAGUUUUUACUUUAUAAUACAUUUUCAAAAAUCAGUAAAAUUCAGUUUCCACUUUGUGUUGACGAGUUUAGAUUGAGGAGAGAAAAAAUGAAUUGAAAUGAUUUUAGCAUGAAAACGGUGAGGGGGUCUGAAGACUUCCUGAACGCUACAUGUCACAACUCUUGAUUCUGACUCUGAGUCUUUUGAAGAGAAAUUUAUUUUCAUAUCAGCACAUGUGAAAAAGGAAUAAAUUUAACAAAUAUCUGGAGUUUUAAUUGAAACACUUGUUGUCUUUUCUUCCUCCUCAGACCUUUAAUUAUUCUUUAGAUUAAUUAUUUAAUAUACAAAAUGUCAAAAUAAUAAA